AUGUUCAUCCAGUCUAUCCUUCCUUUGCUUCUUGCUUCGUUGGUCGCGGCGUCACCUACAGGUCUCGCCCGUCGUCAGUCCAUCAAUUCCAAUGACUUGACCGAUGGAAACUGCAAAGAUACUAUGUUCAUCUUUGCUCGUGGAUCUACUGAAGUCGGCAACAUGGGCACUGUUGUUGGUCCGGAAGUCUGUGAAGACCUGAAGGUCAAGCUGGGAGGCGAAGUGGGCUGCCAAGGUGUUGGAGGCGCCUACACUGCCGGUCUGGACACGAACUUCCUUCCCGCGGAUACUUCGUCCGCAGCUAUCCAAGCUGCAGUGGACAUGUUCACCGAGUGCAACACCAAAUGUCCCAAUGCGAAGAUUGUCGCUGGUGGAUACAGUCAGGGAACUGCUGUCAUGGACGGUGCGAUCCAGAAGCUGUCUACCGAGGUUGUGGACAAGGUCAAGGGUGUGGUCUUGUUUGGAUUCACCCGUAACAAGCAGGACGGAGGCAGAAUCCCUGGCUACCCUACGGAUCAGACUAAGGUCUACUGUGCCACUGGUGAUGAGGUCUGUGAUGGAACUCUUAUCAUCACUGCGGCUCACUUGACCUAUGGUGAUGACGCCAGCUCUGCUGCAACCUUCCUUGCCUCGAAGGUUUGA